AUGUCACAUGUGUUCGUCGUCACACACUCACACAUGUUCAUUGUCACAGGUGGCUUCAACGGAAAUGGUCAAAAACGCGCGCGCGACCGCACGCCAUGCUGCCAUGCUGCCAUGCACAUUAGCUUAGAAACAUUUUGGCGCCUUCGACGGAGCUACUGGUGGGAUUUAAAACCUGAUAAACGUGAAGAAAAGAGUCAUGAAGUUCUACAGAUGGAUCCUGAUGAAAAACUAUCUAGCAGUGCUCAGACAAACGGAUCGAAAAACAAUAAAAGCAAAUCAACAGGAAGUAAGGUAGCUCUACAAUCAUCAGAAGAAAAAGAAAUACAGGAAGAUACUGACACUGAAGAUCGGAAAAAAUUGAAGAAUCCAGAAGAAAUCCUAGAAGAAGAUAAAGAGGAAUCGGACCCAGGGUUGAAAGCUGAUAACCAAGAAGGAAUGGUAUUUUUAUUGCAAGUUCCCACUAAGUUUCGCGGAAAGAUGCCGUUGAUAUUCAAUAGCAAAGAUAAAUUGAGUCAUUGGAAGAAGUGGUUAACGGAAAUAGCCGCAGGCGACAACUCAGAGAUAAGUGGCACAAACCCACGUAUCUACCAGCCCGAUGAACAUCCUGCUUUCAGUAGAGGCUUCAGAGGACAACAUUACAAGUAUAACCCUGAAUUGCUGAAGUUUAUAUCAAUUGACGUACAUAUCGAGAUCUAG